CCCCAUGAAAUUGGUGAUGGGUCUUUCUCUCUGGGUCGGUAUAUCCGUAUUGAUUCUGGAUCUGAACCAGACGAAUAGUGCGGGUUCCACUCAUGGUCCAGGAACCCGAGCGUCUAAGCGACUUCGGAGGCUAUCUGGUGGCAGGGAAGACACUGCCAACUGCUUCACUGCUUCAUCUUUGUCGCUAAUCAAUUAUGUCUGUCGGGUUCAUGCUGCAUCCUAGGCUGCAUCCGUGAGCAAACCGGCCGCUAUCGGAAUCAAGUACGACUAUUUCAUUGAUCAAGGUUUUGCCUUUCAGCGCUCAGCUCGCUGACAAAAGCAUGCCAUCUCACCAUCCAUUACCGACAAUCGCACCUACUAUCCACCCAAGUGGAUGUCUUGUCCGGCCCAUUCAGCUAGCCACUGCAGAUCAUAAGCACUCAAAACACCUAUAUACCUCUCUAGGCCAAAGAGCGGAUCUCCUAGCAUUCUUAUUGGGGAAUUCCCCAACCCUACGACAACCCCGACCCACGACAUCCUAGCCGCCUGUCCACAAUCGCAAAAUCGGCAUCAACAACCCUGCGUG